AUGGUUUAUGUUUACUUUGAAAAGCAAUUGGCAUCAUUAUGUGGUGUUCACUGCCUCAACUCAUUGUUGCAGGGAAGUUACUUCACAGCUGUAGAUCUGGCAAAUGUAGCUCAUCAACUUGAUCAAGAGGAGAUGGAUGUGAUGAGCCAAGCUGGAAUGGAUACAUCAGACUUUAUAAAGUUUGCUGCAGAAGGCAGUGGUAACGUCGCAGAUGAUGGCUUCUACAGUGUACAGGUACUGGAAAAGGCACUCCUCACAUUCAAUCUGACAUGUACCUCUAUAAACAAACAAGAGAAUGCAUCAGUGAUUGAAAACCCAUUGUCAGAGGAUGGCUUUAUAUGUAACCUAUCAAACCAUUGGUUCACUUUGAGGAAGAUCCAGGGCAAAUGGUUCGAUCUCAACUCACUCAAGAAGCCAUCUGUAUUAUCAGACUUUUAUGUUGGACUCUACCUCGAGACACUGAGACAGCAGGGUUGGAGCAUAUUUGUCGUCAGAGGGACAUAUCCAAACAUUGUCCCCUUCUCACCUGCUGAGCUGGGCAUGUGGGUAGACGUGGACCCUAACGCACCUGCCCAGCAGGGCAGCAGGCCAACACCACCCAAGCAAUCAAUGACUGACUAUGAUCCUGAACUGGAGGCAGCUCUAAAGAUGAGUUUGGAUUAUGCAGAUGAGAACGAAACAUAUAGACCUAUUGGCACUUAUCCAAGUAAUCCAAACGAUGCAUAUACUCUGAUCGAGGUGGAUGAGAAUGAGCAACUGAUAGAUGACGAGGAUGAGGACCUUAAAGCAGCCAUCGAAGCCAGUCUCAAACAAUCAUAG